UCAAUAAUUAAAUGUUAAUUCUCAUUCAUAUUCAGUUCAUUUCAUCGAUUUUCUAUUUUUGCAUUCAACAAUGUUGAAUAUUGAUUGAAAAUCACAUUGAACAUUUUGCAUAAAUUGUGAAUAUUUUAGGAAUGUCAACGGCAACAUUUGGUCAGAAACGUUUCAAUCCCAUACCGCCAGACAAGGGCAGCUUUCCAUUGGAUCAUGAGAAUUCAUGCAAAUUGCCGAUGCUCCAGUAUAUGAAGUGUUUGCAAUUGAAUAGAGAUGAUAGUACGGUGUGUCGUGAACAAGCUAAAGAAUAUUUGGAAUGUCGUAUGAAUAACAAUUUGAUGGCCAAAGAAGAAUGGAAAUCAUUGGGUUUUGCCACUGAUCCAAAUCAAGAAAAUUCAACGAAGAACGAACAAAAGUAGACAAAAAAACAAUCAAUUUGUUGUAAAUAA